AUGUCGAACGGAGACCCAGAAUCCGCGCUGUCCCCGGCUGCUGCUGUCACUCCAUCAUGGCCCCGUCCACGCACUCCUUUGCCCCCACACCGUCUAGCGAAACUAGCAAACGCGCUCGGCGUGUCGACACCCAUCCCCGUCGGCCAAUCUCUCUCAGACUCGGCUUCCUCGUACUCCUACUCUUCCGUUCCCAGGUCUUCUGCUUCAUCAGUUGCCGAAUCAUGGCGUUCUCCUACUCCCUCGGUUACUUCUACGUUGCAUCUCACGUCUCAGACUCCCCAUGCAUCGACCUCCAGGUUCUUGCUUCAUGUCGUGCCUCCAGUUCAUCUCCCUCAUGACUCGGACUCUUCAGAGAGUCUGACACUGACACCUCCCCCUUCGACCGCGUCUGGAUAUCAUACUCAAUUUAGGCGAGGCACCCUGGUCCCACUUUUUCCUACACUCCAACUUCAGCUAUGGGCUAUUGCUAAGGAAUAUGCGCUCCCGAGUACUAACGGAAUGAUUCUCUACCUCAUAUCCACACAACCCUCUCGCCAGUCGAUUCCCGACGCUGCGGACAAAGACCUUGCAGAUCUAUCCGACGAGCCAGGUCCCCGCCUCUCCGAAGAAAUCUGGAAACAUCUCUGGACACGCGUUGUUAAGGUUGAGCAGGAUGCAUACCCAUCUCGAGCACCGACACCCAACCCAGUCGGAGUUGGCCUGGGUUUCGGAGGCCGCACUUCCCCUCUAUCACCAGAGUCGAGCACCUCGCGGCCUAACCUUAGACCACUCAUAUCACCUGGUCACAUAACUCCUCAACCUCUCACUACGCCAAUAACCCCAAAUCCUUCGACGCCCUCCACGUCUCAAGGAGCAUCGUCUACGCCAUCGCAGUCUGAUCCUGCGACACCAGACACAUCUCUCCCUUCGGGCUCACGCGCUAACUCCCUCGAUCUUCCCGGUCUCUCCUCACCCUCCCUCAUCCCCAUUCUUGCUAAAGUCGAAUUCGACAUCGACCGACGUAAGGCCGGGUGGUAUGAACCAUGGAUGCGCAGCAGACGGGUCAACCACCGGAAACGCGUAGGUCGUACGCGACCAGAUUCCCGCUCGACCACGACGACGGAGGAAGAGGGAGAGCAGGAGACUGUCCCGCGGACCGCACCUAUCAAUCUCAAAUUGGUGGACCGACAAGCGGUGCCGAGGUUCCUAUGGAAGGAGCAUGAGGAAGAGGACGUGGUUGAUGAGGGUGAAGAGUAUACGCGGUUAUCCGAGUCACCGGGUGAUGAGGAUGAGACAGCCCCUCUAGGGACAGUUGGUGCUCAGGACCCGUUAGCGGACGUAUUUGGUUCAGACGGAGAAGUAUGGGCAGAUAUGCACGCUGAUGGAACAGGCAAGCGGCCGAUUACGAAGAACGGGAACGUCGUCGAGUUGGCCUUGGACGGUGCCGCAUUGUCUGCACCUCCCGAGGACCCGGAGUCUCAUGAUCAAGGUAAUGAUGAACUGGAGGUGAAGCAGCUAUGGGAUGCACAUUCACGCCCUCGGUUGUCGGUCGCCAUCCCUCCAUCACCACAGGAGUCUCCUAGGGACAGGCGCCGCUCGUCGCCCACGACUGCUGGGACCGUUAAGAAGUCUCCUCCGCCUCCGCUGACCUUACCAUUCGUUGUGCCCAACGAUGUAAUCGCUAUGGGCGAGUCAAGUCCAUUCCCAAGCGCGGGCACUGCGAAGCCAGCGUACUUGCGAGAUGGGAUAACCCCAACCCAGUCUUCCGAGGAAGACCUCUCGAUUCUCGGCGACGAGGAAGUUGAUGAGGCAAUUGUUCCAGAAGGUGUUGACCCGAGGAGAUUCAGGAGGAUCAAGAGUCCAGGAGAGGAGAAGAGGGUCGGGGCAUUCUUCGAGGACCUUGAUCUGGGACUGGAAUUCGAGGAGUCAGGAGAGAUUGACAUGAGCGAUCCCAAUGAUCGACGCCGGAGCCAGUACGAAAUGAGUGCGACGCUUGACGAGAUUGAACGGAAUUUCCGCCAGUUUUCUCCUCGUCGAUUGAAGCAUGAGCUCGACGAGGAAGACGAAGUCGCGGCCAGGACUCCCCCACGAACUACCUCAUUGUCUCCACCCUCUCAACUUAAAUUUACGGGUGCUUCUCCUGGAAGCCCUACCCGUCGGAAGGAAAGUGCUGCAGUACAAGGUGGUGUAUGGCCGGCGGUGCCGUUCUCAGCUCUCAAAGAACAGGAUGAGCCGCCUGCGUCACCCACUACGUCCUCCCAUCGCGACAGUUUCCCAACACCACCUCGACUGGCUCUAAACGGCGUGUCCAGCGCGAUCCCAGUGUCGCCUUACGCGAAACAGCGGCAGUCACAACCAACAGGCGAUGCGUCCGACGAGUCCAUGGCCAGGAAACGGGAGUUUGAAGGCCAGGAGCCAUCAUAUCCGGACAUCGUCCCGCCCUCCCUACGCAAAGCCGAGGUCUCCAAUUCUCCCGUCAUCCCUUUAUCACCGGACCCGUUUGGGCGCUUUCCAUUCGACUCUGAUGCUGCGCGAAUGUCCGAAGAGCGGUCGUCCUCAGAAUCAACGCGUGGUUCACGUAUCACGUACUCUACCUUUGAGAUACCUCCAGAACGCCAGGCAUCUCUGAACAGGGAUAGCAGCACCACUAGCCCGAAGCAUAAAUCACAGGCGCCCUCCAGUCGGUUCUCUAUGGAUUCGUCAGAUGAACCAUUUGGAAAGAAUAACAAUAACCUCAGCCGUCCGUCCACGACAUUGAACCCUGUGAAAAGCAUCAGGAAAUUAUGGCGAAAAAGCAACAAUCGAUCGGUGUCAGGCUCACCUCCAGCCCCAGCUGCCACCGCGACGUCGAAUGGGCAACCAGCCCUUGCAUCUCCACCGCCUCUUCCGAAUGGACAGACGCUGCUAGCCCCACAACCUUCACAACAGGAGCUUGUGACGAAUGCUAUGAUACCCCCUAGACGACAGAUGGAGCCACCCUUGAUGACCACGACGCAGGCCAUGCAACGUGCACAAGCUGAGGCUUCCAUUAGUACUAUACAUUUUGACCAGGAGUCGCCAUACCCCAUUCGUCGAUCACCUCAACCUCCACAGAGCUAUCAAAACUAUGCUACUCCAAUGAGCCGGCCGGGCCACCAACAACAGGCAUCAACCUCGUCGCGGAUAUCGACGGUCUCGCCUCCAAAUCAAUCUGUGCCCCUUGAGAAGGAGCGCAGCGGCAUACGCAAGUCGAUCCUUAAGUCCUGGAGGUCGCCGCCUAACAGUCUUUCGCAGGCGUCCGGCAACCCAACCAUGUCCUCUGAUGGCUCGCGCUCGAGCACACCGGAGGGACCGCUUGCGGCACGAAAGCGGCGACCGAGUGUGAUCGAGAUGGCGGGACACUUGGUGCGUGGAUCUGUUGCGAGCAUUACGCUUUCAGAGAUUCCGCCCAGCCCGAUUUUGCCAGAGCAAUAUGCUUCAGCGAACGCGACAUUGGGGAGCAGGCAGUCGCGCGCUCAGUCGAUUGGGGAUAAUGGCAAGCAGUUUUCAGUACGUACAGGCGGCACUGGUGGCACUGGUGGACGCAACACGCCGUCGUCGUCGAUGGAGUCCUCGCGCCUCUCGUCAUACUCCUCGCCACCGCCGGUGCGCACGCCUCUAGGGGGCUCGCCACCGCGGCCGGGACGCAGUCCAGGUAUCUCACGCCCAUCAGAGGAAUUGGACGAGUUCGAAAUCAUCAGCCCAGCGAAAGCAGGGCACGCGAAGACGCCAUCAUUGUCAUAUCCCUACAACGAGCUGGAUCACCAGGAGUGA